AUGUCUUUGCCUCUGUUAUCACUCAGGAGGUUUAACGCCAGGGGAGCGAUGAGAUUGAGAAUGGUUAGGUGGAUUGGUUUUGAGAGGCCGCCACCACCACCACCAGCCCCACCACACUCACACGCUGGCCCACUGCGCUCAAACCCUUCACUAGCAUCCGCAAAUUCUAAUAAACCUUUGGAACAAGGUCUCGGGGGCAAGCCACUAGAAGGUGAAAAUCCUAUUGGCUCUUCAAGGACAGUAGACUGGUCGACUUCAUGGCAUGGAUUUGGAGCAAAACCUUUUGCAGAUGAAGUUCAAAAGAAACUAUCAGAAACUUUAGGACCCUUAGACAUUGAAAUCAAACCGGAUGGUAUGAUCUAUUUACCAGAGAUUAAGUACCGCCGCAUCUUAAAUAAGGCAUUUGGUGCCGGUGGUUGGGGUCUUGUACCACGCUCACAGACAAUUGUCACACCAAAAUUGGUCACCAGAGAAUAUGGACUUGUCUGUCACAAUCAAUUGGUAAGUGUCGCAAGAGGUGAACAAGAUUAUUUCUCUGAAACGGGGAUUCCAACCGCAACCGAAGGUUGCAAGAGUAAUGCUCUAAUGAGGUGCUGCAAAGAUUUAGGAAUUGGUUCGGAACUCUGGGAUCCUGUAUUUAUCAAGAAGUUUAAAACUGAAAACUGCGUGGAGAAGUUCGUCGAACAUGUAACCACCAAGAAGAAAAAGAAGAUUUGGUUGCGUAAGGAUAGACAAGUAGAAUAUCCAUACAAAUGA